AGGAUGCGGCUGGGAAGGCGCUCCCGCGUCGGCGGCGCUGGCGACCGCCGGGGCUGAGGUUGCUGCCAUGACUCUGCCGGGCGCCGGGGCGGCGGCCGCCGGCAGGAGUCCAUGUCCACUGUGGACGGCGUUGUACGACUACGAGGCGAGCGGCGAGGACGAGCUGAGCCUGCGGCGAGGGGACGUGGUGGAGGUACUGUCGCAGGACGCGGCCGUGUCCGGCGACGACGGCUGGUGGGCGGGGAAGAUUCACCACCGCCUCGGCAUCUUCCCCGCCAACUACGUGACUCGCCAGCCCCGCGGCGGGGCGGCGGGGGGCGGCGGCGGGCGGGAGGAUCCCGCGGGGAGCCUGACGGAAAUCGACUUCCAGCACCUGGAGUUGCAGGAGAUCAUCGGUGUUGGGGGCUUCGGAAAGGUGUAUCGAGCCACCUGGCAGGGCCGCGAGGUGGCCGUGAAAGCUGCGCGACAGGACCCCGACGAGGACAUCACGGCCACGGCAGAGAGUGUGCGUCAGGAGGCCAAACUCUUCUCCAUGCUGCGGCAUCCCAACAUCAUUGCCUUGCAUGGUGUCUGCCUACGGGAGCCUAACCUCUGCCUCGUCAUGGAGUUCGCCCGCGGCGGCUCUCUCAACAGGGCCCUGGCCGCUGCCGCCCCCGGUGUCGGGUCCACCCGGGGGGGCCGCCGCAUCCCUCCCCACAUCCUGGUGAACUGGGCGGUGCAGAUCGCCCGCGGCAUGCUCUACCUGCACGACGAGGCCGUCGUCUCCAUUCUACACCGCGACCUAAAGUCAAGCAACAUUUUGUUGCUAGAGAAGAUGGAACACGAUGACAUUUGCAAUAAAACUCUGAAGAUUACAGACUUUGGUCUGGCCAGAGAGUGGCACAGAACAACCAAAAUGAGUGCUGCAGGGACUUACGCGUGGAUGGCUCCCGAAGUUAUCAAGUCCUCCAUGUUUUCUAAAGGAAGUGAUAUUUGGAGUUACGGAGUGUUGCUGUGGGAACUCCUUACAGGAGAAGUUCCUUACCGUGGCAUUGAUGGCCUUGCUGUGGCUUACGGAGUUGCUGUCAAUAAGCUUACUUUGCCCAUUCCAUCCACCUGCCCUGAACCAUUUGCAAAACUAAUGAAAGAAUGCUGGGAGCAGGACCCUCAUAUCCGACCAUCGUUUGCCUUAAUUCUUGAACAGCUUACUGCUAUUGAAGGGGCAGUUAUGACUGAAAUGCCUCAAGAGUCUUUCCAUUCUAUGCAAGAUGACUGGAAACUGGAAAUUCAGCAGAUAUUCAAUGAACUAAGGACCAAGGAAAAAGAGCUUCGGUCACGAGAAGAGGAGCUGACAAGAGCAGCUCUUCAGCAGAAAUCUCAAGAAGAGUUACUAAAGCGCCGUGAGCAGCAGUUAGCAGAGCGUGAGAUUGAUGUACUGGAGCGAGAGCUGAAUAUCAUGAUAUUCCAGUUAAACCAAGAGAAACCCAAUGUAAAGAAGAGGAAGGGCAAGUUUAAAAAAAGCCGCUUAAAGCUGAAAGAUGGACACAGAAUUAGUUUGCCUUCAGAUUUCCAGCACAAAAUAACAGUGCAGGCAUCUCCCAAUCUGGAUAAGAGAAGGAGUUUAAACAGUAACAGCUCCAGUCCAUCAAGUAGCCCCACAAUAAUUCCUCGUCUUCGAGCUAUACAGUUAACUUCAGAUGAAAGCAACAAAACUUGGGGAAGAAGCACAACUUUGCACCAUGAAGAGUUUGAGGAUGUGAGAAGAAAUUUUAAAAAGAGAGGUUGUACCUGGGGACCAAGUUCAGUUCAAACAAAGGACCGUGCAGAUUGUAAGGACAAAAUAAGACCCCUUUCAGAUGGCAGCAAUCCUUGGUCAACUGUUUUGAUGAAGAAUCAGAAGGAUGUUCCCUUAGCUUCACUGUUUAUGGACCAAGGUGUCUGCACUGACAAGAAACUUCUCCCUGAAGGUUUGGACAAUAAAAGACCAAAGCCAAUUAAGUUGCCAAGUCAGGCCUAUAUUAAUCUACCUCUUUGGAAAGAUGAUCAGGGAGAGAAUACAGUAGAGCAUGAGAGCUUUGAAGAAGGAACCUCUGCUAGUUCUACAAAUAGUACUCCUCAAAUGACACCUACAAACAGUCUGAGCAGGACUCUGCAGAAAAAGAAAACUGACUCAGUGCUGUAUGGGUGUGCUGUCCUCCUUGCAUCGGUCGCCCUGGGCUUAGAUAUCAGAGAGCUGAACAAAUCGCAGGGUCCAGAUGAACUCUUACCUAAAGAUGAGAAGAAGAAGCGCGAUGGAAUUUUUCAGCGCGCUUCCAAGUUUCGCAGGAGUGCUAGCCCUACACGACUGCAGUCCAGGAAAGAGGAAGCAAGUAUUCCAUCCCUAAAUCCAGCUGCAAAUACUGUGAAUCUUCUUUCCAUGCCCUCCAGUUCCACAAAAUGCCUACUUCAAUCUGACAGUGAAGACACGUUUGUAAGCCCUGUGCUUGCUGAUUGUGGGUCAUGUAGUUCCACUGAUGACUUUUCGUCUAAAACUACUGAAAGCAAGAGAGAGCAGAGGACACUGAUGGCUCCUAACGCAGUUUCUACCCUAUUAAAGAAUCAGCCUUUUAAUCUUUGUCCAAAACAAGAAUCUCAAAAUGUGCCAAAUAAUUCCUCAAUGAACUUUAAUGCGUUUGGUCACAGGCGAACCUUAUCAGAUGGGAGCCAUUUUCAGACCACAGCUAAUGAAUUUGCUUCAACCAAUGAUGUCUCCACAUUGCCAGUGCUAUCAGUUACUGAAACUCUGCACUCUCCAUCUAUUCAACAAAGAACAGACCACACUGGUAUUCCAACUGAAAAGCAAAGUGCUGUCAGUAUCAUCUCAAGACCUCGACCCUCUUCUCUAAGAAGUAAAAUUGAUGCAUGGCAAAUUAUUCCACACAUUAUUAAACCAAGCUCGAAAGACUCUGAAUAUUUAGAGGGCAAUGUAGAUCCAGAUGUUAACUUCUUGCCGGAUACAGGGGAAAGAACUAACUGCCAUAUGCCCUCAUUACUUGAUAUUGAUGUGGAAGGUCAAAACAGAGACUGUACUGUGCCUUUGUGUAGGAUGAAGAGCAAAGCUUGUCGGCCAUCUAUCUAUGAACUGGAGAGAGAGUUUCUGUCAUGAGUGCCUUAAUGUUUUUAAAAUGUUUGCUUUUUAAGGGGGAACAAAUAUAGAAUUCUUAUCCAUCUGA